CACCCGACGCGUCGCUUCUGCAAGCCCUUUCGGUGGAUGCUAGCCGCCGUUCUCGCUGUCCCGAGCCUGACUCUCGGUCGCGGCGCGGUCGCGCCGCCGCGCUCCGUCGCGCCUCGCGCCGCGCAGGGCACCAUGGUGGCUGCCCAGGGCACCGACGAGCGGCUGCGCUUCCUCUCCGAGGCGUCGGCGUGCGAGGUGAAGGACAGCUACGGCACUCCGGCGUACGUCUACUCGGAGGCGGCGCUCAAGUCGCAGGCGGAGACGGCGCUGGCCUUCCCGAGUGCAUACGGCCUGACGGUCCGCUUCGCCAUGAAGGCGUGCCCGAACGCCGCCGUGCUGCAGACCUUUGACCGGCUCGGCCUGCACGUGGACGCCUCCUCCGGGUACGAGGUGCGGCGCGCCGUCGCGGCGGGCGUCGCGCCGAGCCGCAUCUCCCUCUCCUCGCAAGAGACGCCCGCCGACCUGGCCGAGCUGCUCGAUCUCGGGAUCAAGUUCAACGCGUGCUCGCUGCGCCAGCUCGCAGAGUACGGGCGGCUGAGGCGCGGCGACCGCUCGACGCAGCUCGGUGUGCGGUUCAACCCCGGGCUCGGCUCGGGCGGCACCGGAAAGACGAACGUCGGCGGCCCGUCCUCCUCGUUUGGCAUCUGGCACGAGCUUCUUCCGGACGUGCAGGCGCUCGUCGAGGAGCACGACCUCGCGCCCGCGCGCGUGCACACGCACAUCGGCUCCGGCUCCGACCCGGCGGUGUGGCAGCGCGUCUCCGGCCUCUCGCUCGACCUCUGCGAGAAGAUCCCGACCGUGGCCUCGCUCAACCUCGGCGGAGGGUACAAGGUCGGCCGCAUGGCGCACGAGGCGUCGACCGACCUCGCCGUCGUCGGAGAGCCAGUCAAGGGCGCCUUCGAAGAGUUUGCGGCGCGCACAGGCCGCCAGCUCGACCUCGAGAUCGAGCCGGGCACGUUCCUCGUCGCCAACUCGGGCUGCCUCGUCUCGACAGUGCAGGACAUCGCCACCACCGGGGCCGACGGCCACACCUUUUUCAAGCUCGACUCGGGCAUGACGGAGCUCCUGCGCCCCUCGCUGCGCGCAGCACCCGGCCGUGCUCGACAUGCGGCCGGCGGAGAGUAUGUCAUCGUCGGCCACUGCUGCGAGUCCGGAGACCUCGUCACGCCCGCGCCCGACGAGCCGGAGACCCUCUCGCGGAGGCAUUUGGGCGGGGACGCGUCCAUCGGCGACUUGGUCGUCGUGGAGGGAGGCAGCCCGUCGAGGAGAUCUGGGCAAACGAGGUGCCAUUCGUGCCGCCCGCCGCCUAGAGGGGGGGUGGAGGGGCCGAUCGCGGUAGCUCCGGUGCAAGGCCGAGAGCUCGGUGUCGACCGAUGGCGGUGAGCGAGUUAGCGUCGGUGGGGUCGCCGGAGUGCGGCUUGGGUGGUCUCUGAGCCUGGUCGCGCUACUCGUGGUCGUUGCGGCUUGCGCGCGGAAAACUCAAAACCUUCCCGCCACGGCGCGGUGCCACGCAUGGGCUGCCAUCGGCGAAGCUGAACCUUCCUGUCUACUGCGCGGCAAAAGAAAAUCGGUAAGUUUCU